CCCUCGGCGGCCGCAGCGCCGCGCUCCCGGCGCACUCGGAGCCCGGCGGGGACCAGGAGGCGGAGGCGGGGUGGCCCUGGGUCCGAGAGCAGGAGUCGAGCCGGGCCCCGGGGCCGAAGUUUGGCCGCGGCUCCGGGAGGCAGAGCGGGCGCCCCCGGCGGCCUCCAGCCCCCUUUCGCAUCCUCGUCCCGAGCCCGCUGGCACCGGGGACGGCAGCCGUGACCCGGCCAACUCCAAGGCGGGGACGCCGCGACGGGAACUUGAGGCCCUAGAGGGAUGUGAAGGCCCAAAAUGACCCUGCUCCCGGGAGACAAUUCUGAUUACGACUACAGCGCCCUGAGCUGCACCUCGGACGCCUCCUUCCACCCGGCCUUCUUCCCGCAGAGCCAGUCCCUCAAGGGCGUGUUCUACCGGCGCGCCCAGCGGCUGCGGCCGCAGGAUGGCCCCUGCCCGGGCAGCCCCGCGGGGGACCGCCGCCGCCGGAUCAUCAUCAACGUGGGCGGCAUCAAGUACUCGCUGCCCUGGACCACGCUGGACGAGUUCCCGCUGACGCGGCUGGGCCAGCUCAAGGCCUGCACCAACUUCGACGACAUCCUCAACGUGUGCGACGACUACGACGUGACCUGCAACGAGUUCUUCUUCGACCGUAACCCGGGGGCCUUCGGCACCAUCCUCACCUUCCUGCGGGCGGGCAAGCUGCGGCUGCUGCGGGAGAUGUGCGCGCUCUCCUUCCAGGAGGAGCUGCUGUACUGGGGCAUCGCCGAGGACCACCUCGACGGCUGCUGCCGCCGCCGCUACCUGCAGAAGAUCGAGGAGUUCGCCGAGAUGGUGGAGCAGGAGGACGAGGAGGACCCGCUGGACAGCGAGGGCCGCGACAGCGAGGGCCCCGCCAGGGCCGAGGGCCGCCUGGGCCGCUGCAUGCGGAGACUGCGCGACAUGGUGGAGAGGCCCCACUCGGGGCUGCCCGGCAAGGUGUUCGCCUGCCUGUCGGUGCUGUUUGUCACCGUCACCGCGGUCAACCUCUCCGUCAGCACCUUGCCCAGCCUGAGGGAGGAGGAGGAGCAGGGCCAGUGCUCCCAGAUGUGCCGCAACGUCUUCAUCGUGGAGUCGGUGUGCGUGGGCUGGUUCUCCCUCGAGUUCCUCUUGCGGUUCAUCCAGGCGCCCAGCAAGUUCGCCUUCCUGCGCAGCCCGCUGACACUCAUCGACCUGGUGGCCAUCCUGCCCUACUACGUCACGCUGCUGGUGGACGGCGCGGCCUCGGGCCGCCGCAAGCCGGGCGCCAGCAACAGCUACCUGGACAAGGUGGGGCUGGUGCUGCGCGUGCUGCGGGCGCUGCGCAUCCUGUACGUGAUGCGCCUGGCGCGCCACUCGCUGGGGCUGCAGACGCUGGGGCUCACGGCCCGCCGCUGCACCCGCGAGUUCGGGCUGCUGCUGCUCUUCCUGUGCGUGGCCAUCGCCCUCUUCGCCCCGCUCCUCUAUGUCAUCGAGAACGAGAUGGCCGACAGCCCCGAGUUCACCAGCAUCCCCGCCUGCUACUGGUGGGCGGUCAUCACCAUGACGACUGUGGGCUACGGAGACAUGGUGCCCAGGAGCACCCCCGGCCAGGUGGUGGCGCUGAGCAGCAUCCUCAGCGGCAUCCUGCUCAUGGCCUUCCCGGUGACGUCCAUCUUCCACACCUUCUCCCGCUCCUACCUGGAGCUCAAGCAGGAGCAGGAGAGGGUGAUGUUCCGCAGGGCCCAGUUCCUCAUCAAGACCAAGUCGCAGCUGAGCGGCAUGUCCCAGGACAGUGACAUCUUGUUCGGAAGUGCCUCCUCGGACACCAGAGACAACAACUGAGCCCAGAGGACACCCUGCCCUGCCUGCCAUCGCACCUCCGCACUCCAGCCAUCCACCGCAGAAGCCUCCAGAGAGACA